AUGGAAAAGCCACAUCUACCGGGCGACGGAGGCCGGAUGUCCCAGGGACUCUGCCAGGUUGCAAACAGCGAGGAAACUUGGUUUUUCCAAGGCCGAUGUGGAAAACCCAGAGCCAGCGUUUCUCAGAGUGCUGAUGGGCAGAUCAAGAAGUUGCCCACAAUUUGGCGUCCUCCUCACCUUGGCAUCACCCCUCUCCCAGAGGAGACGCCGAGCAAAGCGCCCGGCAAUUACUCGCAUCCUUCUGCCCAGCGCCGCAGCCGGCAGCGACCCCGCCGCCACCCCCAGCCCCCAGGCAGGCAACUUACUCGGGAGCCCGAGCCAGCGGACCCCGCGAGCCCACGGUCCUCUUCCCGCCUUCCCGCCGCCCCUGCUCCCACCGUCCGCGCGCCACCCAGCUUCAGGAGACUGGCCAAGCUGCAGCACAUCCACCCACCCCCCACCCCGCUCGCCUCCCGGGCUCUCCCCGCCCGCCUUACCCCGGCUCCGAGCGGCUUCCCGGAGCGGAGACCCCGGAGGCCGCCACCCUCCGGCGCUCUGCCUCCCCCGUCUGGCUGGCGCUGGGUGGGGGCAAGGGCCGAGGGCUGCGAGCCGCUGCUCCUUCCCCCGCCGCCUCUGUGGCCGUCAGAUCGGGGCUGGGGAGCUCUCCGGCCGCCGGGGGGGCCGCCCGCAGCCGUCCCGGAGACGUGGGCCGGGGGAGGGGGCCGUCUGCGCCGCCCGCAUCGCCCGCCGGGGGCCGAGCCGGAGGUCGCCGCUAACAAGUGCAAACUUUUGGGGCCCCCUGGGCGGCUCGGAGAGGACCCGCGCUCGGGCACCAGGCAGCCCCCGGCCCGGGUGGGCUUCGCGGCGGCUCGUCGGGGCGCCGGGGCAUUCCCCCCCUCCCCGGGGCGCGGCGCGGGCCAGAUGGCCGGGGCGCUUCACUGCCCCCCUGCACUCCGCUCCAAGUUAAUGCUGAGGCUAAAUCCUCUUGCCAUCACUCACGAUCACCAUCGGGGCUUUUAUCUCCCGGUCUGA